CGAUCCCAGGAUCACUGAUGUGCUGCUAGAACAUGUCACAUGUGACAAAAACCUAACAUACUAACUGCAUUUGUCAUUUAAAAAUAUAUUUUUUUUAUAGAUUUGGCUGUUUUAAAGAGCUUUUGGAAUUUGAUUUGCAACUUUUGAUUCAUCCACAGUGCCCUGGACACAGUUAACGUUAUUUUGCAACAUUCUAGAUGUGCUAUAGAAGAGGUUUUGUGUUUCUUUUUUUCUAUGCAACCGGCCGGAGUUUUGAUUAAAUGAAUAGUUAUACGGGCUUUUUUCGUCAAACAACAAUUUAGUCACAGAGAGCUCUGCUUGUCCGUAUUGGCACGCAGACUCAGAGCUGCCUGACCCGGAGCAGAUGCGCAUCGGCCAUUUUGCUCGGAAGGGGGCCUCGGCUUCAACACGUGAGACUGAGGAGACUGACACAGGCUAGGACAUCUGACUACAACCGGGAUACUAUUCAUGUGUGAACCGACAGAGGCGUAGGAAGCAAGCACAAUGCCCACAAUCCCUCUACCGCCGAAGGAAAAUGCUCUCUUCAAGAGAAUAUUGAGAUGCUACGAGCACAAGCAGUACAGGAACGGCCUGAAGUUCUGCAAGCAGAUCCUGGGUAACCCCAAGUUUUCUGAGCAUGGAGAGACCCUGGCCAUGAAGGGUUUAACCCUCAACUGCCUGGGCAAGAAGGAGGAGGCCUAUGAGCUGGUUAGACGGGGCCUUCGCAACGAUCUCAAGAGCCACGUCUGCUGGCAUGUGUACGGCCUGCUGCAACGCUCCGACAAAAAGUACGACGAGGCAAUCAAAUGUUACCGCAACGCACUGAAGUGGGACAAGGACAACCUGCAGAUCCUGAGAGACCUCUCUCUGCUGCAGAUCCAGAUGAGAGACCUGGAGGGAUACAGGGAGACCCGGUACCAGCUGCUGCAGCUCCGUCCGGCCCAACGGGCCUCGUGGAUCGGAUACGCUGUAGCAUAUCACCUGCUGGAGGACUUUGAGAUGGCCGCCAAGAUUGUGGAGGAAUUCCGCAAAACGCAACAGACGUCUCCAGACAAGGUGGACUACGAGUACAGUGAACUGCUGCUGUAUCAGAACCAAGUUCUGAGGGAGGCCGGCCUGUACAAGGAGGCCCUUGAGCACCUCAACAACUACGAGAAACAGAUCUGCGACAAACUGGCCGUGGAGGAAACGAGAGGAGAGUUGCUGCUGGAGCUGGAGAGGCCCGAUGAGGCCUCAGAGGUCUACAGGAGACUCCAGGAAAGGAAUCCUGAGAACUGGGCCUACUACCAGGGCCUGGAAAAGGCCUUAAAACCAGGUAGUGUUGAGGACCGUCAGAAGAUCUAUGAGGACUCCUGGGUGAAGUUUCCUAAAGGCCUGGUUCUCCGAAGACUUCCGCUUAACUUCCUCACAGGGGAGAAGUUUUGUCAAUGUCUGGACAGCUACCUUAGGAUGAACUUCAGUAAAGGCUGCCCACCCGUCUUCACUACCCUCAAAUCCCUCUACAGCGACAAAGAUAAGGUUGCAAUCAUUGAAGAAUUGGUAGUUGGCUAUGAGACCUGUUUAAAAACCUUCCAAAUGUUCAGUAAAAAUGAUGAUGGGAAGGAGGAGCCUCCUACCACCCUGUUGUGGGUGCAGUACUUCCUAGCUCAGCACUUUGACUUCAUUGAGCAGCCCAGCCUCGCUCUGGAGUACAUCGACACGGCCAUUGACAGCACGCCCACGCUCAUCGAGCUCUUCCUCAUCAAGGCCAAGAUCUACAAGCACACAGGCAACAUCAAGGAGGCAGUUCGGUGGAUGGAUGAAGCUCAGGCUCUGGACACCGCCGACCGCUUCAUUAACUCCAAGUGCGCCAAGUAUAUGCUGAAGGCGGGCCUAGUCAAGGAAGCCGAGGAGAUGUGCUCCAAGUUCACACGGGAGGGGACUUCUGCAGUAGAGAACCUGAAUGAGAUGCAGUGCAUGUGGUUCCAGACAGAGUGCGCCUUGGCCUACAAGGCCAUGAACAAAUUUGGAGAGGCUCUGAAGAAGUGCCACGAGAUCGAGAGGCAUUUUGUGGAGAUCACAGAUGACCAGUUUGACUUCCACACCUACUGCAUGAGGAAGAUGACGUUGCGCUCCUACGUGGAUCUGCUGAAGCUAGAGGACGUGCUGAGGCAGCAUCCCUUCUACUAUAAAACCGCUCAGACCGCCAUCCAGAUCUACCUGGAGCUGCACGACAGGCCUCUGACUGCCGACAACAAGGAGAGCCAAGCGGAUGCAGAGAAUCUGACCGACAAGGAGCUAAAGAAGAUGCGUAACAAACAGCGAAGAGCUCAAAAGAAGGCCCAGUUAGAGGAGGAGAAGAAAAAGAACGCAGAGAAGGAGAAACAGCUGAGGAACCAGAAGAGGAAGAAAGAGGACGAUGAUGAGGAGAUAGGAGGCCCCAAAGAGGAGCUCAUACCAGACAGACUGGCUAAGGCAGAGAAUCCUCUGGAGGAAGCAGUGAAGUUCCUGAUUCCUCUGAAGAACCUUGUGCGUAACAAGAUCGAGACGCACCUCCUGGCCUUUGAGAUCUACUUCAGGAAAGAGAAGUACCUGUUGAUGCUUCAGUCGAUAAAGCGGGCGGUAACAAUAGAGCCCUCCAACCCAUGGCUGCACCAGUGUCUGGUGCGCUUCUUCAAAAGAGUGCAUGAGAGUGCAGACCUGCCAGAGUCAGUGAGGAAGGUGUUGAAGCAGGAGAUCUCCAGACUGUUUGGGGAGAGCAACCCUCAGAGCUUCAACAAGAACUACCUGAGUCAACACUCAAGCUCCAUCCCACACCGACUAGCUGCUGCUAAGAUGAUGGUCUACCUGGAACCUCUCUCUGAUAAGAUGGCCUGUGAGAUAGCCACGGCCCUGGAUGAGUCCCUGUCCGGAAGAAGCCUCCAGAUCUGCACUGAGGUGCUGGAGGCCCUGCAUGAUGGAAAGCUGGGUGAGGGCCAGGAGAAGGCUGCUGAAGCUUACCGGAUUGCCUGCCAUAAGAUGUACCCCUACAGCCUUGCUUUCAUGCCUCCCGGGUACCAGGACAACAAUACCACGAUCAGUGCCAACGGCGACCUGUCUGCAGGAGAGCACGACGACGUGGCAAACGAGAUGUGAGCCUGGAAGAGGGGUGAACAAAAGAGGUGCCAAAUUUCAAGCUGCGGCUCCUGUGAGUUGCACCCGCAUUGCACUGAUCUGGAUGGACGGAGCACCACAGAAGAGAAGAGAAAGGAGCUGUCACGUGGAGGAAGGCGACGCCCAUGGAACUUUUUGAUUUCCUAAAAAUGACCCUGUGUACAGUUGUUCUGCAACUAAACAAAAACAGUUAAAUAUGCAAUGGAGAGGCAAAAGAGGAUUCUGGGAAAUGUAGACAUGGAUGGCUGUUGUAAACACAGUCUAAGUUUUCUAUGACUGCAGUGUUUUCAUGCCAGGUGCUUCUUCUAGGGGCAUCUGCUUCUCACGUUUUUAAAAGUAAUUUAUAUAUUACAAACGGAUUAAUAAAACAAUGUUUCAAAUCAAGGCA